UCGUUCUUGUGGUUGGUGUGCCGUUCAGCGCUCCGAUUUACGCGCUUCGAGGUACUUCGCGGGUGCGCGCAUGCAGGUAGCUGCUGAGUACAGGGUGGUUUGUGAGACAGUUCUUCUGCAGGAGGUUUGUCUUUUCUUCGUUGGCGGACAGUGAAACAGCGAGACAACGGUGGAGCUGUAAUGGCCUCCUGAAGCCAGCUAAACAAGUGGCUCAACAUCCUCAGAUCACAGACAGUCUUAUAGACCCUCUCCUCAGUUCUACUCAGUAUUUUAUCAUGGAGGCCAGGGGAAAGUAUGACUUCAAUGGCACAGCAGAAGAUGAGCUCAGCUUCCGAAAAGGAGACAUUUUGAAGAUCCUGGGAUCUCAAGAUGACUGGUUCAAGGCAGAGCUACAUGGUCAUGAGGGCUUUGUACCAAAAAACUAUGUUGACAGACAAACGCCAAGCUGGUUCAAAGAGAGCGCCAGUCGUGGCUCGGCUGAGGAGAUGCUAAUAUCCCGAGAGGUGGGUGCUUUCCUGAUCCGUGGCAGUCAAAGUUCCCCUGGAGACUUCUCCAUCUCAGUCAGACAUGAGUAUGAUGUACAGCAUUUUAAAGUUAUGAAGGAUAAAUCGGGCCAGUACUACCUGUGGACGGAGAGGUUUACCUCUCUAAACAAGCUCGUGGAUUUCUACAAGACUACCUCCAUAUCCAAGCAGAGGGAGAUCUUCCUUAGGGAUGGAAGUGGAGAUGAGCCAAGAGCACCUCCGCCUUUAAAGAGUCAACCAGAAGUUCGGCCUCCCCCCGGUGGUGGUUAUGGUGGUCCACAAACCUCAUCACAAUACCGCAACACAACGGAUCAAACUCACAACCAGAAGAGUAAGAGAGGAAGUGUUGAGGAGAAAGCUAACACUGUGGGUCACCAAGGGAGGAACAGUCCAGCCCCUCGGCGAACCUCUGAAACUUUGCCUGCUCCGAGGUCAACCAUACAGGUGAGAGCAAUAUAUGACUUCACUGCAGAGGAGGAUGACGAGUUGGGCUUCAAUGCUGGCGACGUCAUUGAAGUGGUGGACCGUUCUGAUCCAUCAUGGUGGAAAGGUCGAUUGCGCGGCAGGACUGGUCUUUUCCCUGCCAAUUACACAGAUCAGAUCUGACAUCUUCCGACUGCCUGGAGGUGUGGAAUCACCGUACUAAAUCCAUCGUACUCUCACCAAAUGCCUGCCUAUAAUGUACGGACUGGUUGAUUAUUUUCAAAUUACUUUUAUAAAGCUGGCUGCAGAACAGUUGAAGAGAAGUGAGAAAAUGACAUUACUCAUGACAGUCUUUUUGCUUCUCUAUUUUUUUUAUACAUAAUGUUUUUUUUUAUUUCACAAAUAAGGUACGAAGAAAGGACUAUACCAUUUCCCUUGUGUCAAAUUCUCCUAAUGACUAGACCCUUGUGAAUUACUGAAUUAUACAAUACAUAUACUAUAGCCCAUACAAUGACCAUUUUAUCGUUUUCAUGUCCAGUCCAUGUUUAUAUUUCAAGACUUUCAGUAGGACACACUAACACAGGAGAAGGUGUUACAGUACCAAGCAAAGCUUUUAUGUUACUGUACCAAUUUUUGUACUAAAAAUCUUAAUGUCGUUUGUCAGAAUAGGCCUGUGGCACAAGCAGAAUAGGUAUGAUUAUUAUUGUUUUACUAUGCAGGAUAGAAAACAUGAAUGGCAAAUAUGAUGAUAACAGCGGUAGUAUAAAGUAUUUGAAUAAACAUUACCUUACUGCUUUCA